CUUCUUAUUCGUGCGAUAUGCUUCCAUACCCAUGGCUGAAUAUUUGAGAGAGCAGUCGCUUGCCUCUUGCGACAAGAGGUCAGCGACAUAAUCGUCGGUCAAAAGUUCGUCGUUUUUGGACAUUAUUGAUCGGGCUCGAGAGUCCAGGAUACGCGCCAGUCGUAGAAUAUGUAUAUUGCCCAGAGAUUGCGCCCCAAAAAAAAGGUUGUAAGUCGAGGUUGCAGCUCUUGAAUUUGGCUAGAAGUGCUAUGCAUUGAUGUCAGCAGUCUUCUGCCCCUCCACACCGCCUGUGGCUAAAACGGUUUCCCACUAACCCAAAUUAGGUUUCAAAGUAAACAUCCAUAUCCGCGUUCAACCAAACAUAAUCAAUCAACUCUAUAUCACGAGCCUGAUAAUUGGUCUUAUUUUGUCACAAUAUCACCAUUUCCUAGACUGCCAUGAUUCAAUCAAAUCCGGAAAAGGUUCUCGAAGCCUUGAACAGACUUCAGUCGUCACAAGAAAUCUCAAUCAUCAAACUCAGUGAACCCAUAUCAAGCUCACGGCCUCAAGAUGCCCGGCAACGAACAUCAGAUGCAUCAAAUUCAGCCUUUGACGCGCCAACUCCCGCAGGCCUGACAGCCGAUCUAGCACACUACAAAGAACUCUUUGCCAAACUGCGCUUCUCCUAUGUACAACAAGUCACAAAGGAAAAGUUCAUUCGAGCCAUUGUCGGCGACCCACCAAUGAUUGUCACAAUGGAAGAGAAUAUGGAGCUUGAAAAGGAAAACGCAGUUGCAAAGAAGCAACUCAAAGAACUAAAGACAGAAGUGGCGGAUAUGGUGGCAGAUCUUGAGAGGAGAGGUAUCGAGCUCAGCCAGAAGUACGAGAGCGUGCAACUUGAAACGGCAAAGCUGCGUGAGAUGCCUGCAAAGAUCGAGGAUUUGGAAAUGCGAAUCGAACAAUUACGCACAGAACUAGAAACACCAGAUGGAUCCGCUCCCAGCAUGAAUCUGCCUCUGGCCAAAACUCAGGAUCUCGUCAACCAACGCAAGCUGGAACAGCAGGAGCUUGCGCGAGAGCUGGAGUCCUUACAAGCCAAGGUCCCUCGAAAAAGAAAGGAGGCUGAAAGACUUCGCAUUGAGCUGCAGCCUCUUGAGAACAAGCGCCAAAAUAGCGCGACUGCUGCGCGUGAGGCGAGGAGGAGAAAGGAGGCCGCUUUGGGCGGUGCAGCCGACGACCUGGAGGAGAGAGCUCGCUGGUGGAGAGCGAGUGAGGGUGUGUUGACACAAGUUUUGGAUAUCAAGAAUUGAGAGAUGUGGACACGAAUGAAGAGAUGAGAUAUCACGAUACAACUGGCGUUGUGAGGACAUGGGACAUGGAAUAGGGGUAGGGGCGUUUAGCGUCGGUAAUCCGACUUGGCAUUUGUUAUAGCUUUGGCAGGAUAUUUUUGUUCAUUAUUUAAUGUUCAAAGUCUCGUGGCACGUUAUCUGCGAUUUUAUGGGAUGUAAAUAGGUGCCAUUAGUGUAAAAGCCUCUGCCAAGUGUUUGCAGCACCCUGUAGUCAAUAUACCAAAGCUGUGCUCCCUUGCGAUAUUGAGAUAAUUUUCUAGGAACUCAUGUG